GCAAAUCGGACCUCCAUGUCAGUGAAGGCGGUGUUGAGCGGAGCAAAGAAGCAGAGGAGCCAUGUCCAUCCUCCCCGACGAGCUCUGGUCCCGAAUCCUUGAGCUCGGCGCCAAGACUUCCCGCUUGGACUACCGCGAUCUUUGCUCCAUCGCCAUCGUCUCCCGCCGCUUCUCCUACCUCUCCUCCGAUCCAGCCCUAUGGUCCAUCCUCCUCGCCCUCGAUUUCCCCCAAUCCUCCUCUUCUCCAUCCACUCUCCCUCCCAAAUCCACCUACAAGAUCAGGUUCGAGAGGGACAAGGCCAGGAAGGUCUUGCUCUGGAGGCGCGCCGUCCUCACCGCCGAGAGCCAGGUCGCUGUUUCUGAGAAGCGCUUGCGCGAGCUGGAGUCGCUGAUCGUCAAGGAGAUGGAGCGGUUGAAGGUAGUAGGCGAUGAGCUUUCCAAUUUGGAGCGAGCUAGGCAUGCGGCUGUGGCUUUGAAUGUAUGGCAACCAGAAGUUGUCCGUAGCAGUCAUGUGGAGAUUGUUGGGCAAUGUACAGUGCCUAUUGAUUCCCGCCUCAGUACACUCAGAAUGGAAUUUAAAGUUUGCAAGCAACAAAUUGGGGUUUACAAGAAGGCCCUUAAUGACGAGAAUCUUAGGCUUAGUGAACGCAAGGAAAAGCUGACAUCGGUAAAGUACCACCCACUUCAAAGUUAUCAUACCAGCAACACCAAUGACAAUGGUAAUGUGAAACGAAAGAAGCUGAAGCAGUGCACAGAGUAGUCAGCCAUAUCCGUGUGCCAUCUGAAUUCAGCUAACAGAAAACAAAAUGAAACAGUCCAGAACGAUGGGUCAAGCGCAGGAUAUUGUGAGUUUCUCCUGGCAAUAAAAUGCUUUUGAACAGCCAUCAGCCAAUUCCGAUCCCUCUAUCUAACAGCCCAAGCCAAUGUAGUUUACCGGGCAAUUAGGUAUCUUUUCUCCUCUAGAUAUCACUCUAUGUAUCCUGUGUAUAAAUUUGAAUGAAAUUGUGAUUUUGAUAUUCAAACUUAAAUUAAAUCAAAUAUUUUCUGCA